CCUCAAAGUGUCGGUGUUUUUGAAAGAGUGAACUGUUAAUUUUAUCGGUGGAAACUAAUCUUCAUGGAGCUCACAGUUGAAAAUAUGCGGUUUUGUUGAUGGCCGUGUUUUCAUUUGAGUCGCUUUUGUUUUACGCCAAAAUGAAGCGUUCGCUCGAACACAGCAGCCGAAAAAUAAGUUGAGCUUUACCAAAACAAAAUCGAAAAUGGCAACAUGCAACAGCGAAGUAAAUGCAGGAUCCUGUUCUGCGGUGGAGGUGAACCCAGACAUCCACAUCUGUGGCUUCUGCAAACAGCAGUACAAUAAUUAUGAGGUCUUUCUCGCCCAUAAGCAAAACGGAUGCUCCCUUCCUUCCUCUCAUACCGCGGUCAGCUCUGUAUCAGCCUCUCUUACAGGUUCCAGCACAGAGUUUGUUCUUGAGGAUGCUUACCAGGUCUGCGUGGUGAGGGGUGUCAAGAAGUCCUUGACCAAAGCACAGAAAACUCCAUCCAAGAAACUAAAACCUGCCCUGACUUCCAAAAGACACUCCUGCUGUUUCUCAGGUUGCACUUUUAAGACACAGUAUGGCCAAAAAGACAUGGAGCGACAUCUCAAGACUCACACUGGCGAGAAGCCGUUUGAAUGCGAGCUCUGCCACAAGCGCUUCAGCCGGCGUGACAAACUGAACAUGCACAGCCGCUCCCACACGGGCGAGAGGCCUCACAAGUGCAAGCACUGCUCGUACGCAGCAGCGGACAGCAGCAGUUUGAAGAAGCACCUUCGGAUCCACUACGACGAGCGGCCGUUCAAAUGCCAGAUCUGCCCUUACGCCAGCCGCAACUCUAGCCAACUCACUGUGCACCUACGCUCUCACACCGGUGAUGCACCUUUCCAGUGCCAGCAGUGCGACGCAAAGUUCAAAAUCAACUCCGACCUGAAGAGGCACCUCCGCAUUCACUCCGGGGAAAAGCCCUACAAAUGUGACUUCUGUGAGUACCGCUGUGCUAUGAAAGGAAACCUGAAGUCUCACACUCGCAUCAAGCACGGCACUGAGAACUUGUUUCAGUGUGAACAGUGCGACUACAAGUCCGCCAGCAGGUCGGCUCUGCGGCAACACGCGAAGCAACACCUGCCCGCUCAGCCCUUUCAGUGCUCCAAAUGUACUUACUCAUGCUCCAGCAAGGGGGCGCUCAAAGUCCAUGAGCGGAUCCACUCAGAGGAGCGCCCCUUCAGAUGUGAUUUGUGCAGUUUUGCCUCCAAGCGACUCAGCUGUCUGGUCACUCACAGAGAGCAGUGUCACUCGGAUAAAGCAGAGAGAGGAAGAGUCAGGAAUGCUGGCAGAGGUGGACGAAACUCUCCUAAACCCGUCAGCUCUCGGUAUCGGGCCAAACUUGAUGCAGCCCGGGCCUUCCACUGUGACUUGUGCGAUGCAUCGUUUGUGAGGGAGGACUCGCUGCGCAGCCACAAGAAGCAGCAUAGAGACGCCCAGGACACGGUGCAGCUCCAGCUUUCCAGCUCAGCAGACACGGUCAACCUGGUUCCCGUUACAAUGCCGCAAAGCAAUGCUCAGAUUGAAGUUCCCUUCCCAUCUAGUUCAAUGGUUUCAUACAAUAACGCACAGAUUAAAAUCAUCGUCCCACAGCCUUUGGGUCAGCAAAGCACCUUAAUCCCUGCUGGUGGGGAUGGAACAAGCAAGACCAAACUGGUCUUACUGGAGCCAGAUAACCAAGACGUCGUUGUCAAUCAAUCUAUGAUCCAACAAGUCAACCUGCUGGCAGCUGUGCAACCUCUCGGGUCGUCUUGCAGUACCGUCAGGGCCGAACCCCAGACUGUCCUGCUGACAAAGCUGAGCUCAGACAAUAACACCCCUCAGGACUCCACCAGCACGCAGACUUUGAUCACCUACAGCUCUGAUCUGGAGGGCCUCAGCACCUUCAUUCCUGAUGGGGGCACAGAACUAAGAGUCGUGACAAAAAAGAGCUCCCCAUUGGUGACAGUAGCAACUUCACCGGACAUGGUUGGCUCCAAGCCUGCUGAGCCUUGCCAAGAAGCUGGACUGGUGGUUCCAAACAUUGGCAUUGGUAGCCAGAACGUGGUCAUCCAGGGCGUUCCACUGAUAAUGUGCACUCAGCCACAGCAGGGCGCGGUGGAGCAGCUCUCUCCACACACACUCUAUGCAGAUUCACACACACCUGGAAGCAUGCCGCAAUGAGUGAAAUGAAAUGUACUUUACAUUUCCAAUGAGAGGUUCACAUAAACUCAUCAUAGGACGCAAGUUCUAUGUUAUUUUGGAGCUUUUUAUUAUUUAUUUGAACCUUUCAUACAACAUACGCUGCAAUACUUUUUAAAAACAAGCAUCGGGUGCACAAAUUUAAGUUUUAAUGCAUUAUGAAUUAUUCACAAUAUACACCUCCAGUAAGAUUGGAUUAAAUGUUGCUAAGCAAGUUUCCCCUUAACCAAAUGCUUUUAGUUAUCAACAAGCCUUUUUAUUGAAUAUUUGACCACUCUUUCAGUUUGUUUAACGCUUUUAACCAUUGUCAAUAUAUUUUUAAAAGGUUCAAUGGGUGAGCCAAUCGGAAUUGGUCACCCAUCAUAUCUACGUAAACAUAGCCAGUCCUACUCUUUAUUGUUGCUCUCAAAAUUGUGCAUGCUGCACAGCUGUUAUAUGGCAAGUUUUUUGGGAUAUAAAAGUGUAGAAUAGCCAAAUAUGUUCCCAAUCCAAGAAAUAUAGUCCCUCCAGGGUCAGCUGGGUCUACCUCUGGGUCUGCUUCCAAUGGGAAUUCCCUAACCUCGCCUGGGAGGAGUCCAGGAGGCUUCCUAACCAGAUGCCCAAACCACCUCAAUGGCUCGUCUCUACUCUGAGUCCCUCUUGGAUGAAAGAGUGUCUCACCCUGUUUCUAAGGGAAACCGCAGACACCCAGCGGAGGAAACUCAUUUCAGACGCUUGUAUCCACUUUCUCAUUCUUUUUGUCAUUACCUAAAGCUUGAGACAAUAGAUGAGGGCAGGAAUGUAGAUCAACUAGUAAAUCGAGAGCUUUACCUUUCGGUUCAGCUCUCUUCACUCCAACAGACCGAUACGUAUUGACUUCACUUCAGAUACCACACUAAUUUUCCUGUCGAUCUCCCACUCCAAUUUUCCCUUUUUUGUGAACAAGAACCCAAGUUAAACGGCACUACUUUGGGUAGGACCUCGCCCCCAACCUCGUGAAACACUUUAUCCUUUUCCAGAUCAGGACUACGGUCAAGGGGCUGAUCCGCAUCCAGGCUGCUUCACAUUCUGCCCGAUGCCUCCAAAACAGAUUCCCUCAACAUCUUGGCAUUGCCUAGAAAUGCUGUCCAGAAAGGUGACAAAGGGAAACCUCGGAGUCCAACUCUCCUUUCAAAACUUUUUCCACAACUAAAUUGGUAUUAACUCCUUAAAAUUGAAACCUAAAACUACCAACUCCUUUUGAAGAGAAAUCUAAAAUCUUAAUUGGAAAAUGGAGGAAAAAAAUGGUUCAAAUAAAAUUAAUAUAACAACUUGACCAUGAUGAGUGUAAGUUAACUUGUCACAGGAAUUGCAUAUUUAAGUGAAACUAUACAUAAGCUCUUUUAAUUGUCUGGAAGAAUUGGGGAAAACUUCAACAAUAUCAAUACUGUUGACUUAAGCUGCUGUUGAUUUGCCUGAGAAGUCUGACAUAUGAAUGACAUCAUGCCAAGCUGAAAACAUGGAUGUAGCUGCAGUGUAAAAACAACAAAUGUUACCAAGUAUUUUUGUUCUAGUUUCUGGUGCUAAUAUUUUAGUUUUCUCCUAUUUCAAGUGUUCUAACUUAGAAGCAACUUUUCUGCAAGAUGUAGAACCUUUCAGGUCAAUAACUCUUGACUAUUGAUUAAAACUAUUAGUUCCACUGGCAGAUUUCUUUACUUAUCACAAGAUAUUCUUUCCAUAUUAUAAGUGAGAAAUAUCUCACAGUGGAGCUAGUAGUGUUGAUCAAUAUUAAACAAUUUAUUGACCUAAAACAAGCUCUUACAUGUUUUGGAAAAGUUACAUAUAACUUAGA